GUCGGCGCCGACGCAAUCACAAGCCGAGCUUUUGUCGGCCGCGCAUCCCCACCAGCAGACGCUGCCGGAGCGCUGCGACGUUCCUCACUGCCAAGGAACACAUCCGUGCUCGCGGAGCGGGUUCCCGUGAAACCUUAGAGCUCCAGCAGCAAAGUCAUUAAAAAAAUCCAGCCUAGCCAUUCAUCAUCGGCACCCGGUCGCGCGUCGCGCAAGAUAAAUACGCCAGUCGACGCAAAAAACAAAAGCAUGGCCGCCCAAGCAGCAGCCGCCGACGCUUUACCGAGCUACGCCGACGUGAGCCCGCCCGGCGGCCGGCGGAACCCGUCCGGCGCGGCCAAGCACUACGUCCUCGCGCAGGAGCAUUUGUUACGCUCCUCCCCGUCGAACCCGUCUCCCACAACAAUGCCGCCGCCGGCCGCCGGUUUAGCUGCUGGAGCGUUAGGUGAUAGACACGUCGUGUGCUUCCUAGGCUUGCCAGCUAGAGGCAAGCAGUUCAUGGCCGAGAGACUACAACGCUAUUUAACGUUCUUCCACGGCGCGCAGUGCGAGGUCUUCGACCUGAGCGGUCCCGAGUUACGGGAGAGCGACGCGAAAGUCGGAGACGCCCUCGCGGCGUAUCUCGAGGCCGAGGACGCGAGUGCGACGACGCAGUUGUUGAGGAGUGCGGAAGGUAUCGACGACGAUUCCUUGGAUCGACUGAAGAAGAACGUCGAUUCUGGUCGUAUAGCCAUCCUCGAUUCUUCCGAUGGUUUCGAGUCCCGAGACAGGGUCUGGGCCGGCACCUCCAAAACAGCGCGCUACGAGAUGAUGAAGCACCUAUCUACUCUCAGAGUUCAUGUCAAGCUCCUGUUCAUCGAAGUUGUAGUACGAGAUGAUAGAGUCGUACGGUCAUUCUUAAGGUCAAGGCUCACAGAUGAAAACAUGGACGAGGCGCAAGUUCAGAGAAAACUAGCAGCUACUGAGAGAGCCAUCCGGGAUUAUGGGCGGCACUUCGUGACGAUCCAAGAUGAUGGUUCGGAAGAUGAUCUCUCAUAUGUCAAACUCAUCGACUACGGGAAAAAGGUCAUCACGAACAACAUCCGCGGUUUUUUACUGAUGCAGAUUGUGAAAUAUUUGAGCCAUGUCCAUCCUCGACCUAGAACUGUAUACUUAUCAAGACAUGGGCAGUCUCUGUACGACGUCGAAAAAAAAAUAGGAGGCAAUCCAGGUAUCACCGCGGCCGGCGAGCAGUACGCGAAGUGGCUCGGGAAGGUCGUGCCCGGGGAAGUGUGGACGACUACUCAUCAUAGAUCACCUCUGAAAGAUUUAGAGGACUCGACAGAUGAGGACGAGCAGAGCUGUUCAGGAAGACCUUUAUUUGGUAGAUUGUUUCCUUGUGUCGAUUUGCGGACGGGUACGACGUCGCCGAAGCCCAUCCAGCCGGCGCGCCUGUGGACGUCAACCCUCAAACGUACUAUUGAUACGGCGCGGCAUAUUCCCCAUCCAGUGUUGGAGUUGCGCGAUGGUGGGGUGUGGCACCAGAUGUCUCCCAGGGUUUAUAGGAACCUGGACGAGAUCUUCGCCGGGGACUGUGAGGGGUUGACCUAUGAGGAAAUAGAAAGGACGCAUGGUGACGAAGCGCGGUUGCGCAAGAGAGAUAAGCUCGGGUACAGGUACCCGCGCGGCGAGUCGUACUUGGAUCUAAUUGCUCGGCUUGAUCCAUUAAUGCAUGAAUUGGAGUCGUACAAGGAGCCUCUACUAGUUGUCAGUCAUCAAGCUACUUUGAGGGUGCUCUAUUCUUAUUUAGUGGGUGGCGAACGUCGAGACGCGCCGAAGGUCGAGAUCCCGCUCCACACGCUCAUCAAGAUCACGUGGGACGGCUGGCGGUCGAUCCGCGAGGAGCGCAUCGCCAUGGAGGACUUCACCGCGGGGCUUCAAGAUGAUGGGCAGAAGAACCACUAGUCCUUUCUUCCGGGGCGUGCUUUGUGUGUAACUAAUUCGGUCGAGUA